GAAGGGAGAACGUGAGUAGGUUAGAGUUUCGGUUGAGGGGUUAAGGAUUUUCGCCUGUCACCCCCUGGAUCCUGGGUAUCGAUAUCCUAGACCGGGAGAGGCUACAGUGCACUGAGGGGCUACCUCUCAAGAGUGCUGUCAUCUCCGUCGGCCAGACCGAAAGGGGAGCUCAGGGACCUUCCAGAGAGUGAGACCCACCGCCCCUCUCCCACCCCCCCGCAGGCUUUCAUCCCCACCAUGGCUGAGCUGAUCCAGAAGAAGCUGCAGGGAGAAGUGGAGAAAUAUCAACAGCUACAGAAGGACUUGAGUAAAUCCAUGUCAGGGAGGCAGAAGCUUGAGGCACAACUUACAGAAAAUAAUAUUGUGAAGGAGGAACUGGCCUUGCUGGAUGGGUCCAAUGUGGUCUUUAAACUUCUGGGUCCUGUGCUGGUCAAACAGGAGCUGGGGGAGGCUCGGGCCACAGUGGGGAAGAGGCUGGACUAUAUCACAGCUGAAAUUAAGCGAUAUGAAUCCCAGCUCCGGGACCUUGAACGGCAGUCAGAGCAACAGAGGGAAACCCUUGCUCAGCUGCAGCAGGAGUUCCAGCGGGCCCAGGCAGCAAAGGCAGGGGCUCCAGGGAAGGCCUGACCCCAUGGUUGGGGGGAGGGGAGAGAAUGAAGCAGCUCUAGGAUCUAUACUAUAGCUAAUAAAAUGUAAAAAUACCUGA